AUGAACGAUUCGAUUGAUAUUCAUAUUCGAUGGCCUAAUGACCAAGAAUUGUUAUUCAGUAUAUCUUAUAACAAAGACACAAUUCAAUCCAUAAAGCAAAAAAUACGAUAUUAUGCGCCUGAACAAACAACCAAGAAAACAAUGCGAUUAAUUCAUCGAGGCCAAUUAUUGGUUCAUGAUCAAUACACCUUAUCAGAUUAUGGUAUUCGACAUCAACCUCAGUUAUUUAUUCAUUGUGCUUUAUCUGAUCCUUUGAUACCAACCAGUACACUGCAUCAAACAAAAGAAACCAAAUCUAGAUUGGCUGGGUUUGAUAAACUGCGUGAAUCUGGUUAUAAUGAUGAGGAGAUUCGUAGUAUUCGACUUCAAUUCCACCAAUCACAUCCCGACUAUAUUGAUGGAGAGCCUGUAAGUCAAGAAUUAUUAGCAUUAGAAGAAACAUGGAUUGAACACACAGGUCGGUUAUUACCGCCAGAAGGAUGUAAGUAA